AUGGCUGUCCGAGGCAUCUUCUCUAAAUUGACCGACGCCGAAAAGGCGUUCAAGGGAAGUGACACUACCUGGAAGAAGAAACUCCAGGACUUUGAACGGUGGCAACGGCAGAAAGGAAAUAAUCGAGAGAUUCGAUUCUCCAAACGCUCGGAAAGUGGGGAGCGGAAUCCAUCAAAACUUAAGAUCGCCCGCGAGGAAGGGAGUGUUGAGACCAGCCCUUGGGAGAGUUUUGACCCCGAGGCCCCCUUAGACCACUUCAGCUUCGCAGACACCAGAAAGAUGCAGCAGAAAGACCUCGACGAUUUGCCGUGGCUGAUCGAUGCCCUUCGACGUGGAUUGGGUGUUCAUCACGCCGGUAUGAACCUCCACUACCGUAGGAUUGUAGAGAUACUCUUCCGGAAGGGCUACAUCCGACUAGUCGUUGCAACUGGAACCCUUGCGCUUGGCAUUAACAUGCCGUGCAAGACAGUUGUCUUUAGCGGGGACUCUAUGUUUCUGUCUCCUCAGAACUAUCGCCAGGCGUCCGGUCGAGCUGGAAGAUGUGGGUUCGAUUUGCUUGGGAAUGUCGUCUUUAACGGUAUUAGCCGAGAUCGGGUGCACGAGAUCAUGUCCUCUCGACUACCUGCUCUUAAAAGGCAAUUCCCAAUCUCAACCACACUUAUCCUUCGUCUAUUUGUGCUCUUGAGUGGAACGAACAACAAUGAAUUUGCUGUCAAUGCAGUCAAAUCUCUCUUAUCACAAACUCGCUUAUACCUAGGAGGACCAGAUGCCGAAAUGGCGGUCAAGCACCACCUGCGCUUCUCGAUUGAGUACCUGAGACGCCAGAACCUUCUCUCGGUGAAAGGAGCGCCUAUUCACUUCGCGGGACUUGUAGGUCAUUUGUACUUUACGGAGAACGCCGUCUUUGCAUUUCACUCAUUGCUCCGCGGUGGAUACUUUCAUAAGUUAUGCAAGGACAUUGACUCCGAUCGCGAGAGAGUGCUUCGCGAGAUGAUGUUGGUCCUCAGCCACCUGUUCAGCAGAAUCCCUAUUCAGCAGAAGGCAAAGGCCCUCGAAAUUGUCGAAAGCUCUUCAUCUGAUAUCUUCCUCAAACGACUUCCAGUUGCCGCGGAGCAACUACUCGUUCGGCAUAACCGGGAAACUCUCUUGACUUUCAAGGACUAUGUAUCCUCUUACAUCAAUGCACACUUGCAUGACCUACCAGACUGCACACUUCCACUGACCAAAAUCCCGGUUGGACCAGAGAAAGGGCGCGGUUGCAGUCUAACAAGCGACCCUCCACCGGUCAUCCGGUCUCCAUUUGUGGCACUUUCUGGAUUCACUGAUGACUUUGACUCAAUUAAAGAGUUGUGUUCUACAGUCAGAGACGGGCUAAACGCCUAUCUCUAUGACUUCUUCAAGCACGGUAGCUUAAAAGUGCUGGUGCGCGACAACCUCAUCAAACGGGGCGAUGUGUGGUUUCAUCUCAAGGACAUUUCGCUCGUACUUAAGACCAUCGUGACCAGCCUCAAGGGCGUCAUUGACUCCCGGGGCGGCUUCUCCAUGGAGGAUGUUGAUGGUGAUGACAACAUGAGUGAGAUGAGCGAAGGUGACCAAGAGUCUAUUUCAUAUGUGUUUGAGGUACAGAAGCCAGAGAAAGCACCCGAGGAGACCGAGAAAUCGUUAGCAACGGAUAAGGCUAAGCCUGAGAUUCCCGAUAGCUGGGAGGAUGAGAGUAACGCCUCUGCAUCUGAGUCUGAAGGGUCCAUGCCCGGUUCCGGUGUUGGUGGCUCAUCUGCAUCUAAAGAUCCAGCUGCUAUGCAGUCCGGGUUUAAUAAUGGAUGUGGAUUAAUGCAGGUUUUUAGGGCGUUUGAGUUGCUGGAAGCAGAAUUCGCGGACAAGUUCUACAAAAUUGGUGCUUAA